UGUCAACAGUGCCUUAGAAGUUGGCAAUGGUGACUGCAUAUGGCUAUAGUGAUUUAGACCACCCCAUGAAAAGUUUUGUUUACUGUUUGUGUACGUUUAUUCUUUCGUAGAGGAAGAGAAAUGUGAAUUAUUGUGAAGUGACGGUGAUUCUGUAUUUAGUGCGGUAAAAGUAGUUCUCCGUUGAAUUUUAAGGGCUGCAAGAAUAGGAAACAUUCUGUUGGACGUGUCUAACCUCUACCCUAUUCAACUGGGGAGAAAGUUGAGAUGCCACCGAAAUUUAAAUUUCAGGAAGGUGAAAAGGUUCUUUGUUUCCAUGGCCCACUUAUUUAUGAAGCAAAAUGCCUGGAGGCUGAAGUGAAGGAUAAGCAGAUAAGAUACUACAUUCAUUAUGCUGGUUGGAACAAAAGCUGGGAUGAAUGGGUGCCUGAAAGUCGGGUGUUGAAAUACAAUGAAGCCAAUGUCCAGAAACAGAAGGAACUGCAGAGAGCUCAUAAAGCCAACCCACAGAAAAACAAGAAACCAUCUAAAACACGCAAAUCAGAAAGUGGGGGUAAGGAUUCUGACAGUCGUGCCUCCACUCCAUUAGCAGAUAAGUCAACAGUAUUGAAGAUUAAAGGCCCUGCCUCAACACCAUCAUCUUCUCAAGACUCCUCUUCAGAUGUUCCUCGUAAGAAACGUGGCCGACUGGAUCCAACUGUUGAGACUGAGGAGCAGUUUCUGACAAAAGUCGAAGUGAAAGUGAAAAUUCCUGAUGAGUUGAAGCCAUGGCUUGUUGAUGAUUGGGAUCUUAUCUCAAGGCAGAGAAAGCUUGUGAACCUGCCAGCAAAAGUUACUGUAGAACAAAUCCUUGAGAAUUACGUCAAACACAAGACUUCAAGUAAAAGCAACACCCCUAACAAGGAAAGUGCUUUAAUUGAGGUGACCAAUGGCAUCAAGGAGUACUUCAAUGUCAUGUUGGGGACUCAGUUGCUGUACAAGUUUGAGAGACCACAAUAUGCUGAGAUUCUUCAAACACAUCCUGACACAUCAAUGAGCAAAGUCUAUGGAGCCAUACACCUUCUUAGACUGUUUGUGAAACUGGGAAGUAUGUUAGCAUAUACUCCUCUGGAUGAAAAAAGUAUUCAGCUGCUUCUAACACAUAUACAAGACUUCUUAAGGUACCUUCAUAAAAACACUGUGACCUUAUUCAGCUUACAAGAGUAUGGCAUCGCACCUCCUGAAUAUCACCGUAAAGCAAUAUGAAUGUAAUUUGUGAAGAUGGUUAACUUGUGUUUGGGGGUACGAUGAAAGCUGUUUGCUCAAUCUGUCUGUCUGUCUGUUAUUACUGCACAUGAACAAACUCUACUCAUAAAUGAAAGUCUUCUUCUGGAUUAACUUAAUAUCUUGUACCUUGAGUUUAAAAUUGAAAUUUUGUUUGUAUUGAUUCUUUCUGUUUAAAUUUCACAUUGGUAUUUAUAUUUAUCUGUAAUUUUCAUGGGAUAGUUUUGCAGCAUCAGUUUCAUCACCCAUCUGAGUUAAACUGUUGAGUUUUUGGUACAUCCUCGCUUGUUUGUUUGCUUUGCUGUUAAUUUUAAUGGUCUUGCUGGUCAAGUGUUGCAUAGUGACAAAGGAGGAUGAAAUGACUUGAGUGGCAGCCAGUUCUGUGAUUCAACUUUAUUUAAUACUUUUGCAGAAUUUUAAUUCUUCAGUAGAAAUGCCAAGGUAAAUCUUGAUUUUCUAUUUAUUAAAUCUUAGGCUGUGUGAAGUAUGUCUGUAGAAUAGAUGAGCUUAAUCAUUUUAGUGCCAAGAUUAAUUUAAUUGAACAUUAAAAACAACUGGAUGAAGUGAUUGAAUUGUCACAUAUGACACUACCAUUUUGGGUUGCUGCAUAAAACUUCUUUCUUGUAUUUGAAGAUCAUGUAGCAGUCUCAAUAAUGAUUUUAUCAUGGUCUUUAUGA